AUGGCACCCUCCCGCACAAUAACCAUAUCCCGCCCCUUCGACGCCCGCCAUGUCUCUGGCGUAAACGUAACCCUCAAACCCGUACCGAUGCCGGACUGGGAUAAAACGUUCCCUCCUUCCUCUUCUCCGUCCUCUUCCUCGACACUAAAAGCAACGCAAUUGGAGCCAGAUGAGGUCCCAACACAUCUCAACAUCAGCGCCUCCACGGCGCAAGUGCCGAAACGAUCACAUUCGCUUGCGAGCAGUUUGAGGAGGCCGAGUUUGAGGUUCGCGAGUUCGAUGUCGAGAUUGAGGGGAAGGGCGAGGUCGGCAUCUGGGGUGAAAGAGGGUGAUGUGGUAAGGACAGCAACGUCCAGGGCGUUGGAGGCACCGCCACAGAUCCCUGCGUUGAAGGAACUCACGAAACCUAAAGAGCAAGACACGCCAGCAAUCUCGACCGCGCAGGCAUCAUCCGGACAGCCACACAUCCCGGAUCUCAAAGACCAGGGUAUGUCCGGAUCCCAGGCUAUGCGCAACCUGACUACUGUCCGGCCGAAACGAGCGGAUUCGGGGACGGCGAUCGAUUUCUCGGACGUUGCGCCCGAGGACCGGCCAGUGGGGUUUCAGGAGAUUAUGAAGGUGGAGAGUCUGGAGAAGAGGAUGAGGCUGUAUCGGAAAACGAGGGAAUAUUGGGCGAAGGCGGAUCAUGGGCUGGAGGGGUGGAUGGUGGAGGUUGGGAGACGGAGGUUGUGA